CGUGCCUUCGGUAGGAAGAAAGAGGGAGACGCCGGACGGAAGUCGCACUCUCCGUCCACAAGCAGCAGCCGCUCCGCGUAAGUGGUAGUUUGGUAAAUAGAUUAUGCACUAAGCACCCUCCUCAUCACUUACUUAAUGCUUAAUCCCCCACGCAGCCACCACCCUGCUCCGAUACUUACAGCACACACUUUAAUCCUGUACUAAUUCAUACCACUUUCCUUAAACCCCCUUCCUUUUCCGCGCCUUCCCCAUUUCCGCCCACCCCGCAUCCCGAUCACAUCGCCAAAGAGGCGAGAGGAAAAAUUUCGAAACCCAAACCCUAGGUGCUCGCAGCCGCGAGCGCCAUGAAGAUCCCGUUCGUGACCAAGUGGUCGCACCGAUCGAGCGAGCACGCUGGGCCGUCCAAUUCGGCAGCGGCGCAGCAGCAGGAGCAUCAGCCGCCGCCGUCUCCGUCGGGGUCCUCGGCGCCUGUGCCCGCUGCGGCAACAUCUCCUUCGCUCCCCGUGGCGGCGACGGGGGCGGGAGGGGACGACUUCAUUUUGCAGGAGGAGGAGUACCAGAUGCAGCUGGCGUUGGCGCUGUCGGCGUCGGCGUCGGCCUCGGGCGGCGAGGGCGCGGGGGAUCCCGAUGGGGAGCAGAUCAGGAAGGCGAAGCUGAUGAGCCUCGGGACGGGCGACACGGUUGCUGUCAGCGAUCAUGGUGGGGGAGACACUGCAGAGUCGCUGUCCUGCCGCUACAGGGACUAUAACUUUCUUGAUUACAACGAGAAAGUUAUUGAUGGAUUCUACGACAUAUUUGGCCUCUCUAUGGAAUUGUCUGGGCAGGGAAAGAUACCAUCACUGGCAGAGCUUCAGAUGAGCAUUGGGGAUCUUGGAUAUGAAGUGAUUGUGGUCGACCAUAAAUUUGAUCAUGCCUUGCAGGAGAUGAAGGAAGUAGCAGAAUGCUGUUUGUUGGGCUGUCCUGACAUUACAGUAUUGGUGCGACGAAUAGCCGAAGUUGUUGCCGAACAUAUGGGUGGUCCAGUGAUAGAUGCAAAUGAAAUGAUUACAAGGUGGUUGAGCAAAAGCAUUGAGCAGAGGACAUCACAUCAGACGAGCCUGCUUCACAUUGGCAGCAUAAAGAUAGGCUUGUCUCGUCAUCGUGCCUUACUUUUCAAGAUUCUUGCUGAUAGUGUUGGUAUCCCAUGUAAGCUGGUUAAAGGGAGUCAUUACACUGGUGUUGAAGAUGAUGCUAUUAACAUUAUAAAGAUGGACACCAAAAGGGAGUUUUUGGUUGAUGUUAUGGCUGCUCCAGGGACUCUUAUUCCAGCAGACGUCUUUAAUCCAAAGGGUACUUCAUUUAACAUCGGUCAAACAUUGGGUCAGAAUCAGGUGGCCGAGUCAGCAAGUAACAUCGAAGAUGACCCAGUUGCAUUACAGUCUGAGCAUAAACGUAACCAAGGUUGGAUAGACGAUCAAUCAGGCUACGGGAAUACAAUGACUACUGGAAGUAGUGCCAGCGAACUUGGGAUAUUGCCCCCUCAGAUGCAAUUAGAUCAAACAUCGACUUUUGCUGGCACAACUUCACAGCAGAAAAAGAAUUUGCAAUUAGUUCCUGACUCUCAUGAAACUCAAGAGUCCAAAAAAUUAUUUGCGGAGUUUGACCCUUUCAAUGCUACUGAAUCUGGGAAAAGUUCGCUGGCAUUCAAGAGACUAAACAAUAGAAACAAUGAAUUCCAAAGGCGCAGAGAGAAUAUAGCCCCAGUAUCCGGAAGAUCUCAACAGCCAUUGGUGAUGAAAAACUGGUCUGCUUGCAAUGACAUUUCAAACAACAAGCGAUAUAAUGUUGCUGAGGGGUCAGUUUCUCGGAGAAAUGCCAGCAACAAUGCUGCAUCGUCGUCUCAGUUGGCAUUGUCAACUGCAAGACAUUACAAUUUGAAUGUUAGAGAGCUAAACGAUGGGUUGUAUGCAGCACCUGCUUGUAAUUAUGACAAUAGGAUGGUUGGUACCUCAGCUAUGACAGCAGCAUCAACUGGAGAGCACCUUGACAGAUCACGUGUGCCACCUGUCCUUUAUUAUGACAAGAUGCUGGGCACCUCUUCUGUAAAUGCAGCUUCCACUUCCGAAAUUGGGAAGGUUGCAGAAAAGAGCCCUCGUAAUGAUCUGGAAAAAGGCCCUUUCUAUCCUAGAUUUGACGGUCAAAUAUCCAGUCGUGCGCAAGGAUUUUCUCUGGAAGGGGAGGAACACAAGGAAAACUGUGGCAGGAAUGACCACAAAAGGUUACAUGCUGAUCCAAGAAAGUCCCCUCUUGACAGAUUCAUGGGCAUGCCACGGCAGUACCCAGAAUGUGUUUCUCCAUCGCAAGUUGGGUCAAGCACGGUUGACAUGGUGUUGGAUGAAGUGUCUGAAUGCGAAAUCCUCUGGGAAGAUCUUGUAAUCGAUGAAAGGAUUGGCAUAGGUUCAUAUGGAGAAGUCUACCAUGCUGAUUGGAAUGGAACUGAAGUAGCUGUAAAGAAAUUCUUGGAUCAGGAGUUCUAUGGUGAUGCGUUAGAUGAAUUUCGUUGCGAAGUGAGGAUUAUGCGUCGGCUCCGUCAUCCAAAUAUUGUUCUCUUUAUGGGUGCAGUAACACGGCCUCCACACUUAUCUAUUGUAUCAGAAUACCUUCCAAGGGGAAGUUUGUAUAAGAUUAUUCAUCGUCCUAAUUGCCAAAUUGAUGAGAAGCGGAGGAUUAGAAUGGCCCUUGAUGUGGCCAGAGGCAUGAAUUGUCUUCAUACCAGUGUACCAACAAUUGUUCACCGGGAUCUAAAAUCACCGAACUUGCUGGUUGACGAUAAUUGGACUGUUAAGGUCUGUGAUUUUGGACUUUCACGUUUGAAGCACAGUACAUUUUUGUCAUCAAGAUCUACUGCUGGGACUCCCGAGUGGAUGGCACCAGAGGUUUUGCGGAACGAGCAAUCAAAUGAGAAGUGUGAUAUUUACAGCUUUGGUGUCAUCUUGUGGGAGCUAGCAACACUACGAAAGCCAUGGCAGGGGAUGAACCAAAUGCAAGUUGUGGGCGCAGUUGGCUUCCAGGACCGACGACUCGAUAUUCCAAAGGAAGUUGAUCCUAUAGUUGCAUCGAUCAUACGUGAUUGCUGGCAGAAGGAUCCAAACUUGCGUCCUUCUUUUAGCCAAUUAACGAGCUACCUGAAGACAUUGCAAAGGCUAGUAAUCCCAACACAUCAGGAGACAGCGAACAACCAUGUACCUUAUGAAAUAUCUCUAUACCGGUGAACAGCGCGUUUCUACCUGGGGCUGUCGUACACCAACUGUGAAUAAGGAGUACUUAUGAUUUUGUCGCCGUAUGUGGGUCCAGUAGUCUGCAAAUGCAUGGCUUGAUUGAGAACCCUAGUCCCAUUCUAGAUAGCGCUCAUCCUGCUGUUGCAAGAAAGCUUGCCAGCAGAGUAUGUACAGUACAUUAUAGGCCGAUCGGAUGUAACAGCCAGAGGAUAGAAUCAUAGCUGGUAGCUGUAUCUUGUUUUUCAUUUGUGGCCAGUUGUGUCGCGUGGGAAACAUGCAUUCUGGAUACCAGAGGGAGGUCGUUCAGUUGGCUUACAAAUAACAAGCUGGCCGUCUGGUCGUCCAUUCUAUAUUGCGUGGUUGAUUCAUUAAAGCCAUGUCUAAAUAAAUGCCAUUACAGCUA